ACCGGAACCAACACGCUGCCGACGCUUUGCAUGAUGGUUGCAUGUUGGAUCUGAUGGCAUUUCCACAACAUGGAAGAGUAAAGUGACAGUUAGCUGUUCCGAAGAAAUCACAAUAAUUAAUAAUAGUUGUAUACACUUGUUUGAUUGUGUAAACGCUGCAAAAAUGGUGAAGGAGCAAUUCCGAGAGACAGACGUGGCUAAAAAAAUAAGCCACAUCUGCUUUGGGAUGAAAUCUGCUGAGCAGAUGCGGCAGCAGGCCCACAUCCAGGUGGUCAGCAAGAAUCUGUACAGCCAGGACACCAAACACACCCCACUGCCCCAUGGAGUACUGGAUCACCGCAUGGGAACAAGUGAGAAAGACCGACCAUGUUUGACUUGUGGGAAGAAUCUGGCAGAUUGUUUGGGGCAUUAUGGGUAUUUGGACCUAGAACUGCCUUGUUUUCAUGUUGGCUACUUCAAAGCUGUUAUAGGAAUACUACAGAUGAUUUGCAAAACCUGCUCCAGCAUAAUGCUGACCAAAGAGGAAAAACUCCAGUUUCUGGAUCUCUUGAAACGGCCCAACCUGGCUUAUCUCCAGAAGCGAGGCUUGAAAAAGAAGAUUUCCGAAAAAUGCCGCAAAAGGACAGUUUGUCUGAAUUGUUCUGCUUUUAAUGGAACUGUAAAAAAGUGUGGCCUGUUAAAGAUCAUUCACGAAAAAUAUAAAACGACCAAGAAAGUGGUGGAUCCAUUUGUGUCAGAGUUCAUGCAGUCCUUCGAUACAGCCAUCGAACACAACAAACUGAUCGAACCGCUGUUGAACCGAGCACAGGAAAACCUGAAUCCCCUGGUGGUCCUGAACCUGUUCAGGAGGAUUCCGGAUGAAGACAUCCCUCUGCUGCUGAUGAACCCGGAAGCAGGCAAACCCGCAGACCUCAUCAUCACCCGCCUCCUCGUUCCUCCUCUCUGCAUCCGACCGUCUGUGGUCAGCGACCUGAAGUCGGGCACCAAUGAAGAUGACCUCACCAUGAAGCUGACGGAGAUCAUCUUCCUCAACGAUGUCAUCAAAAAGCAUCGCAUGAGUGGAGCAAAAACCCAGAUGAUCAUGGAGGACUGGGACUUCCUCCAGCUGCAAUGUGCACUUUACAUAAACAGUGAACUUUCCGGCAUCCCGCUCAAUAUGGCACCGAAAAAAUGGACAAGAGGUUUUGUGCAAAGACUCAAGGGAAAGCAAGGCCGAUUCAGAGGAAACCUCUCAGGGAAAAGAGUGGACUUCUCAGGAAGAACGGUUAUUUCUCCGGACCCCAACCUGAGGAUCGAUGAAGUGGCCGUUCCCGUCCACGUGGCUAAAAUCCUGACGUAUCCAGAGAUGGUAAACAAAGCCAACCUGGAACUGAUGAGAAAGCUGGUGCGGAACGGCCCCGAUGUUCACCCCGGAGCCAACUUUAUCCAGAACCGCCGCAAUCAGAUUAAACGGUUCUUGAAAUAUGGAAACCGGGAAAAAAUAGCUCAGGAGUUGAGGUUUGGUGACAUUGUGGAGAGACACAUGAUAGAUGGAGACGUCGUCCUCUUCAAUCGGCAGCCAUCUUUGCACAAACUUAGCAUCAUGGCCCACAUAGCCAGAGUCAAACCACACAGAACGUUUCGCUUCAACGAGUGCGUUUGUACUCCCUACAAUGCUGAUUUUGACGGAGAUGAAAUGAAUCUCCAUCUUCCUCAAACGGAAGAAGCCAAAGCAGAGGCCCUGAUCCUGAUGGGGACCAAAGCUAAUCUUGUCACUCCCAGAAACGGCGAACCUCUCAUUGCUGCUAUUCAGGACUUUUUGACAGGUGCUUACCUGUUGACGUUGAAGGACACCUUCUUUGAUCGAUCAAAAGCCUGCCAGAUUGUGGCAUCAAUCCUUGUGGGCAAAGAUGAAAAAGUCAGAAUCUCUUUACCUCACCCAGCGAUUCUAAAGCCGAUGGCUCUGUGGACGGGCAAACAGAUCUUCAGUAUGAUCCUGAGGCCAAGUAAGGAUUGUCCAGUGAAGGCCAACCUGCGGACAAAAGGCAAACAGUACUGUGGGAAGGGAGAGGAUCUGUGUUACAACGACUCAUUUGUGGUGAUUCACAACAGUGAGCUGAUGUGUGGCAGCAUGGACAAAGGCACCUUGGGUUCAGGCUCCAAGAACAACAUUUUCUACAUCUUGCUGAGGGACUGGGGACAGCUGGAGGCCGCAAACGCCAUGUCGCGCCUGGCGAGGCUUGCUCCAGUGUAUCUCUCAAACAGAGGAUUCUCCAUUGGAAUCGGCGAUGUGACUCCAGGCCACGGUCUGCUGAAGGCCAAACAGGACCUGCUCGAUGACGGCUACAAGAAGUGUGAUGAAUACAUCGAAGCUUUGCAGACGGGCAAAUUACAGCAGCAGCCAGGCUGCUCAGCAGAGGAGACGCUGGAGGCUCUCAUCUUGAGGGAGCUUUCCGUCAUCAGAGACCGAGCAGGCAGUGCCUGCCUCAGGGAGCUUGACAAGAGCAACAGUCCACUUAUUAUGGCUCUUUGUGGAUCCAAAGGUUCCUUUAUUAACAUUUCUCAGAUGAUUGCCUGUGUGGGCCAGCAGGCCAUAAGUGGCUCUCGAGUCCCCGACGGCUUUGAGAACCGUUCUCUGCCUCACUUUGAGAAACACUCCAAACUGCCUGCUGCCAAAGGCUUUGUGGCUGAUAGUUUCUAUUCCGGUCUGACUCCCACUGAGUUCUUCUUCCACACCAUGGCGGGCCGAGAGGGUCUGGUGGAUACUGCUGUGAAAACGGCAGAGACCGGAUACAUGCAGAGGCGUCUGGUGAAGUCCCUAGAAGAUUUGUGCUCGCAGUAUGACCUGACGGUGCGCAGCUCAAUGGGUGACAUCAUCCAGUUCAUAUACGGCGGCGAUGGUCUCGACCCGGCUGCCAUGGAGGGAAAAGACGAGCCGCUGGAGUUCAAGAGAGUACUGGACAACAUUCGGGCGGUCUACACGUGCCCGGAUGAGCCCGCGCUCAGUCAAAACAAGCUGGUCCUCACCUCAGACGCCAUCAUGAAAAGAGCCGACUUCAUGUGCUGCAGAGACAGCUUCUUGGAGGAGUUAACAGAAACUGGCUCAGAGAAGUACCUGGAGGAGAUCAAAAAAUUCAUUAGGAGCAUGUCAGAAAGAAUCAAGAAGACCAGAGACAAGUACGGCAUCAACGAUAAUGGAACAAGCGAGCCUAAGGUUCUGUAUCAGCUGGACCGGAUCACACCGACACAGCUGGAGAAGUUUCUUGAAACCUGCAGAGACAAGUACAUGAGAGCCCAGAUGGAGCCGGGCUCAGCAGUGGGGGCUCUGUGUGCUCAGAGCAUCGGGGAGCCCGGCACUCAGAUGACCCUGAAAACCUUUCACUUUGCCGGCGUGGCGUCGAUGAACAUCACUCUGGGGGUGCCUCGCAUCAAAGAGAUCAUCAACGCUUCCAAGAACAUCAGCACCCCUAUAAUCACUGCUCAAUUGGAUGUUGAAGACGACGCUGACUUUGCAAGGCUGGUGAAAGGGAGGAUUGAGAAAACUCUUCUCGGAGAAGUAGUCCAAACGUUCUUUGUCCCUUUAAAAAAAAAUAAAAAAUGUGAUUUUCAUUUAAGAAAAAGACGGAAGGUUGUGAACAAGUGGAAAACUAAUUUUAGAAUUUGCCCUUUACAGAUUUCCGAAUACAUUGAAGAAGUUUUCCUUCCAGAUGACUGCUUCAUCCUGGUGAAAUUGUCUCUAGAGAGGAUACGACUGCUAAGAUUGGAGGUGAAUGCCGAAACGGUGCGUUAUUCCAUCUGCAUGUCCAAGCUGCGCGUCAAGCCCGGAGACAUUGCUGUGCACGGCGAGGCGGUGGUUUGCGUCUCGCCACGGGAAAACAACAAAAGCUCCAUGUACUAUGUGCUGCAGUCGUUAAAAGAAGAUCUUCCUAAGGUUGUGGUUCAAGGAAUACCCGAGGUCGCCCGAGCGGUCAUUCACAUCGACGAACAGAGUGGAAAGAACAAAUACAAACUCCUGGUAGAAGGGGACAACAUGAGAGCUGUCAUGGCCACUCAUGGAGUGAAUGGAAGCAGGACUACUUCAAACAACACAUACGAGGUGGAGAAGACUUUAGGCAUUGAGGCUGCGCGAUCCACUAUCAUCAAUGAGAUUCAGUAUACCAUGGUAAACCAUGGAAUGAGCAUCGACCGGCGGCACGUCAUGCUUCUCGCAGAUUUGAUGUCUUAUAAGGGGGAAAUUUUAGGAAUUACCAGAUUUGGAUUGGCUAAGAUGAAGGAGAGCGUCCUCAUGCUGGCCUCCUUUGAGAAAACCGCCGACCAUCUGUUUGAUGCUGCCUACUUUGGACAGAAGGACUCUGUCUGCGGAGUGUCUGAGUGCAUCAUCAUGGGAAUCCCAAUGAACAUUGGAACAGGACUCUUCAAGCUGCUGCACAAAGCUGACAAGGAUCCCACUCCAGUCACAAGGCCACUUCUGUUUGACCAUAAGGACUUCCAUAUACCUCUGUUCACAUAGCAUCAUGGGAAAAAAAGCUGAUGUCUGAAGAGUUUAGUUUGUCUGAGUGUCCCAUGAAGUGCCUGCUUUGAAUCUUUUUUUUUUUUAGCGAGAUGACUUCUUUUUAUUUAUCAAAGCAUGUUUGUUAUCAUUUAGUUUCAAAAUAAGAGAAUUUGGAAAUUGUAGGUUUAUUCGCCUCAUCUUUGUUUUGCUUUUAACUUGACAGUUUCUUCCAUUAGCUUUUAGAACAUCAGAUAAACGGAAGUGUAACGCUACGAAACUCCGAGUUGGCAUGAUCAUCAUGAAGACAGUGGAGCUCCUGUUUGGAGCUCAGUUUUUGAUGCUUUUGUUUGUUUCUCUACAGUUUUCCAGCAUCUUGAGGAUCAGUUUGUCAAAACCUUGAAGUUUUUCAUUGAAGUUUGUCUUUCAGAAUUUCAUUUAAUAAUCUAAUGUACAUAUUGUUAUUAAUAAAGUGAACACCAAUAAAUGUUAAAACUGUU